AUGCCUGCCACCACGGCGGAUACCCUCUCCCUCGUCACGCGGACCGUUACGGUUGCUCCCUUAGUCCUCCUAUCAGUUGCAGAUCAUUAUGGCCGCUCGGCCAAGGGAACCCGCAAGCGUGUGGUAGGUGUGCUUCUAGGAGAAAACUCGGGCGACACUGUCCGUGUUUCCAACAGCUUUGCAGUCCCCUUCGAAGAAGAUGAGAAGGAUCCCUCCGUUUGGUUCUUAGAUCACAACUUCGUCGAGUCAAUGAGGGACAUGUUCAAGAAGAUCAACGCCCGUGAGAAAUUAAUUGGAUGGUAUCACUCUGGUCCCAAACUACGAGCCUCCGAUCUCGAAAUCAAUGAACUCUUCAAGCGAUACACACCUAACCCCUUGCUGGUUAUUGUCGAUGUCCAACCGAAGGAGGUUGGCGUUCCUACCGACGCCUACUUUGCUGUUGAUGAAAUUAAGGAUGAUGGCACAACGACAUCUAGAACCUUUGUCCACACUCCAUCCGUGAUCGAGGCUGAGGAAGCUGAGGAAAUUGGUGUCGAACACUUGCUCCGGGACAUCAGGGAUGUCGCCGUCGGAACCCUUUCAACGCGCAUCACAUCGCAAUUGCAAUCACUGCAGGGUUUGCAUCUGCGUCUGCGUGAUAUCGGCCAAUAUCUUCAGAAGGUGUUGGAUCACGAACUGCCUGUUAACCACGCCAUUCUGGGCAACCUCCAGGAUGUCUUCAACCUCCUUCCCAAUCUGUCAACUCCCUCAACGACGUCACGGCUCAGUGGAACGGAGCCACAGAUGGAGAAUAGCGAACUUGCCCGGGCUAUGAGCAUAAAGACCAAUGAUCAGCUGAUGGCGAUCUACAUCAGCAGCUUGAUCCGCGCAAUUACUGCAUUCCAUGACCUAAUUGAGAACAAAAUCCAGAAUCGCCAACAACAGGAAGAGACCGAGUCGAAGAAGGAGCAGGAGGCGACUGCCGCCAAGAGCGACAAGGAUGGCGCGAAGAAGGCCAGCGGCGUAAGUGGCGAGCAGAAGGAUGACCAGGAGAGCUCCAAGGAGAAGACCAAGAAGAAGAGCUAG